AUGGCCGAGACACCGGGGGUCCUGGAAUGCCGCAUCUGCGGCCGACGGCCGGCCACAGAUCGUGACCGGGGCCGCUGUGGGCCGUGCGAAGCAAUCGCUCGCUUACAAGGCAUGGUGCACGGGAACGACAGGCCGAGCGCCCCUCAGGCCGAUGACGAUGACGACGUGGUCCCCCCACCAGCGGCGACGCCACCGCCCUCAGCGGGCCGCGCAGCCCCUUUGCACACACACUUGGAUGCCUUGCAGGCCUUGGACCUCGAAGCCGAACUCCGCAACCGCAUGUGCAUCUUUCAGUCGGCCCCCCGCCAGCUCCGAGGGCUCCUACGCAAUGCUUUCCGUGUCGGCCUGGAACACAUCCGCGACGCACCGCCCGCACAAGCGAGCACAGGCUGGAAACUGUUCUUACUGGCGCCGCGCAUGCUUCUCUACCGCACACCCGGCAUAAGCCGACCUCAAAUCCCGGUUGAGCCGCGACUCCGUCACAACCAUCCGGCCCCCUUGGAGCUGUGCGCCUCAAGCCUCAUCGCCAAUGCCCGCCGUGCACGCAAACGGGCUGCCCCCGGCCCGUCUGGCUGCACCAGCAGCGAGCACCUGCGCGUGCUGCUGGACGACGAAGAAUGCAUGCUGAGUGGCAUGGGAUUAGCUGCUUUCAACUUCCAGCUCAGUAGUUUGAUUAAGGUGUUGGAGAACCCUCUGGUUCCUGCCUGGAAGCAGGCAGACAAAUGGCAUCGGUCUCGUGUCAAGGAGGCGUUGCCGCUGCCGCUUAUUGUCGUCCAGAGGCUUGAAGCAGCCGUUCUUGGUGAGCCUGGUGAAGACCGAUUGCUACUUUGUGCCAUAUUGGCCAUGGUCUGGGGCAGUCUACGCUGGUCCGAUGUUCAGCGCAUGGCUCUAGACUCCGUUGUGUUGGAUGGUGGUGCACUAAUGGGCUGGUGCUGGGUGCGUGGGAUGGC